UUCCAUCUCGGUUCUAAAUGUAUCUCGUAGACCUAUUUUAAACUUUUAUUUGUAAUACACAUGGAGCUGGCACACAUAUUCAAAUUAGAUUACACUUGCAACGCCCCGCGCGCCACACAACUUCCCCAUAAUUUUUGUGUGUACACACACACACACACACACACACACACACACACACACACACACACCCCAGUCAUAACUGAAUGACGGCAGGUCGCUAUGGAAACUGCGUUACGCUCCGGGCGGCCGGAGGAGAAAACAAGAGCGCGAGGAGUCAUUUCAGUCUUCAUUUCAGCACCAAGCGAGCUCGUGGACAGCGCCCGAAUGAACUCGCGCACAGAUGUGAUCCUCACAUGCCUUAGAAGAGACAGAUCCUCAUCAGCACCAAGUCUGACCGGAGUGGCUGGUAGGCACUUUAAAAGCAAAACAACCCCCCGUAGAAGAGACACAGACUCUCCGGAACUGAAGCUCGGUGGACCAGGUCCAGGUUUCAUUCCAGUCGCUCCCUCAAAUGCUACAGCAACAGGGCAGCAGCAUGUCUGAAACUAAACCCAGUCAGCGGUUCCACAGCCUGAACACUGAGCAGGUGGAGGUCCUCCAUCAGGUUUUGUCAGAGGUGGUUCCAAUCCACGGCCGCGGGAACUUCCCCACUUUGGAGUUGCGUCCCCGAGACAUCAUCAUAGCUGUGCGGGCCCGGCUGCAGAAGCUGGGAAUCACAGUGAGAGAUGUUCGCCUGAACGGCUCCACGGCCAGCCACGUCCUCGUCCGAGACAACGGAACCAGCUACAAGGACCUGGACAUCAUCUUUGGAGUAGAGUUGCCCAGUCAGGAGGAGUUCCAGGUGAUCAAGGAGUCAGUGCUGGGCUGCUUGCUGGACUGCCUACCUGCUGGGGUCAACAGGGAGCGGAUCAGCAGCGCCACAAUGAAGGAGGCCUACGUCCAGAAAAUGGUCAAGGUCUUCACUGAGCACGACCGCUGGAGCCUCAUCUCGCUCUCAAACAACAGUGGCAAAAACCUGGAGCUCAAAUUUGUGAGCAUGCUGAGGCGGCAGUUUGAGUUCAGCGUUGAUUCCUUCCAGAUCAUCCUGGAUCGUCUCCUGGAGUCCUACAUGCAGCAGGAGUCCCCCCAUAAGAACAAUACCAUUGAUCUAAUGGACCAGCCUGCAGCCCAUCAGAAUAAAGACUCUCCCUCUUUGCUCCAACAGGCCACUGCUCUGGAAACAGAGAAGACCUCUGGUAGAGACUCAUCCAGCAAAGAGGGGUCACAUAUCAGCCAGACACAACAGAGAGAUGAGGUGCAUGAAAAGGAGUCCCAGACAGAACUCUCACAACACGCUGAACAUUCAAACCAGACAAAAGACUCCACAGUUGAAAAACACAACAAAGAGAAAACACCCGUGGCUCUGAAAGAAGUGUCAGGACACAGAGACACCUUCAAUGAGACAGACUCCUCGGACCAGACGUCUCCAAACGUUUUGUCAGAAAAGAAACAAACUUCUGUGAAAGCUGAACCAUCAGCUCAGAUUGAACUCAGACACGAGCCAGAGCUCUCUGACAUGUCCACAUGUUUGACAGAGGUAGAACAGUCAGAGCAAACCAAGACAUGUGAUGGCCAACAACCAGCACAUUCAAAUCCCAAGGAACUCUCUGCCUCAAUGGUUGGACUCAAUGAACAGUCCAACCACACAAAACCCCCUGAUGAACAGAAUGAACUUACAGAGCAAACAGGACAGUCCGAGCCGCCAAAGAGCUCAAAUAAAACCCAGACAGAGUCUCCAAACCUGGCAGAAGAAUGUCACAGCGAAGACUUGUCUGAGUGUUUCAGUGAGGAUCAGAGAAGCGAUGAGAAAGACAAAACACAACAAGCUCCCGACUCCAGCACACCUUCACAUGCAGAGACAGAGACACAGUUAGCAGAUGAAAGAAAAGUAGAAACAGAGACUGGUGAGCAAGGACAGAGAAAUAAGGAGACAGAAAUAAGUGAAAUGACAGAAGAGAUUUUAGCAUCAGAAGCUAAAAAUGUAGAAGACACACAGAGUAUCGAUUGUUCCUGCUCCGCCUCUUGCAUAUCCCUUACACUUUACAACACAGAGCCUGCUGGCACACAUGAUAUACCGGAGAUCCACAGCACACUACACACAGAUAAAUCAGAUAAAACACCUAACACACUUGAUGCCGUCAGCCCUCCAGAUACUCAGGAUAAUUUACCUGCACCAGCCAGCCUUGUUUCUGACAAAAAGACCUCCUCUUCUCCCUCUUGUAAGGCCUCAGAGAGACUUUCUCACAUGGUGGUGCUUAAACACUCUUCUCCCAAACCCCCUCGCAGGAUGUGUAGGAAGGUAACCCCCAAUCCGUACCCCAGUCCAGUCUCUGAAAGCGAACUUGUCAUAGAGCCCUGUCUGGUUCCAAACCCCUGCCCUAGCCCUGAACCUGAACCUGAAUCUGAACCUGAGGUAGCCUUUGAUCCAGAGCCAACAGCUCCCAGUUCAGAACCUACAACUACCCGACCAACCAGUUUUUCUACUGAAACAAACCCUGGGCCUGAACCUACCCCUUCCAGUAACCUAGCUUCCAAUCUAGACCUUACCUUAGCCCCUGAUCCAGCCCCUGAUAUAAUCUUCACCUCUGCUGUGGAUCCCAUGUCUACUUUACCUCAAGAGCCCCCACCGCCUCAGCUAAUCACAGAGAGAUCAUGUGAGACGAGUAUUCAGAGCGUGAAAGAGACACCAUCUACACAUGUGGCUUGUGAUGAACAAAGCCAGCCCUCCCCUAGUGAAACCGCCUGUGCACCCAAACAAUCAGAGCCUCUUGACUCAGUGGACACAUUAGUUUCACACACUGAUACGUCCCGCUCAAACACCCCAGAUCCUAUACAUACCUCAGAAGUUGAGCUCAGUGAUGAAGAUGAAAUCAGAGAACCACAAACCAAAAAGAUGGACUUGAAUCAGCCAAACGGCUGCCAACAAGAGACCACACUUAGUUCUCCCUCCUCUUCCCAAUGUGUCACCCCUCCUGUUUGCUGUCUCACCCCUCCUGUACUCAGUCUUUCCCCUCCCUGCUUCACUCGCUCGCCCCCCAGCCUCAGCCCUCCCCCAUGUCUGACCCCUCCCUCUCACUGCCUCGCAUCUCUGCCACUGAACAGCCCUGCCACAAGCUUCAGCUCUCCACCCCUGAGUUUAAGCCCUACCUCAUCCUGCCUCAGCUCACCUCCUUACCUCACUCCUCCAAUGCUUAGCCCCAGUCCUCCUCCACUCUGUCUUAGCCCCCCUUCCCCCUGCCUCAGCCCUCCCCUCCUCUGCCUCACUCCGCCGGUGGAGUCAGAGGACCUUGUACCUCAGGUAUCUUCAGACAUGGAGCCUUUGAUAGUGAACACAGACAGCGAGGAACAGAUUAAAGAGUCCUCUCCCCAGCCAGGAAUUCCUCUCCUACAGUUGGAGGGUAUAAAGGGAAAAGAUUAUAUCUCAUCGUUGCCUCGGGUUGCAGAGCCUGUCUCUUUUCCAAUCACUAUCCCGAGCGCCAGCUCACAUGUGCUGCCUCUCUCUCAGUCUGAAGGCCCAGGGGAAUCGGGCCCUCAAAAAGCCGAUGAGGAACCGAGCCCUGUGCCUGAGAGAAAAGAGGUCCCUAAGGCACCCGCAGUCGUGCCUGAACAGAGCAGUGCUCCUCAGACAUCUUGCUCGGUCCCUGCUGUCGAGGUCCUGGCAGAGAGCAUGUAUGGUGACUUUGAGGCGGCCAUGGACCACCUGCGCUACCGCCUAAUCGCUACCAGGAACCCUGAGGAGAUCCGAGGUGGCGGCUUGCUAAAAUACAGCAACCUGUUGGUCAGAGAUUACCGACCGGCCAGCGAGACUCAGAUAAAGACACUGGAGCGCUACAUGUGCUCGCGCUUUUUUAUCGACUUCCCUGACGUGCAGGAGCAACAGAGGAAGAUCCUGUCCUACUUGAAGAACCACUUUAUCGGCGAGGAGAGAAGCAAGUACCAGUACCUGAUGACGCUGCGUCGCGUGGUCGACGACAGCACAGUGUGUCUGAUGGGCCAUGAGAGGCGUCAGACGCUGAACAUGAUCACAGUGCUGGCACUGAAGGUUCUCGGAGAGCAGAACAUUAUCCCCAACACAGACCACGUAACGUGCUUCUACCAGCCCGCUCCGUACAUGGCUGAUCACAGUGCCCCCUAUUUAGCAGAACCCAGCUACUGCAGCUACUACAUACCCCAAGGGGGAUCAACUCUGCUUUACCAACCGUACCCCUUGCACCUGCACACGCAGACUGGACUAGUCUAAAACACACACACAAACACACGUAAUUACACAAAACACACAAUCGAGCAAGGGGAAGGUGCUUUCCAUGAGGAAAGAGCUGGAGAAUGGAAAUAUAAUCCAGGGAUAAACUGUUUGGUCUAUAAUAGACCUAUGGGGGUGGGAUUGAGUGGGUUUUUACAGUAAACUCCCUGAGUACUCUGUAAGGUUCUAAUAUGAUUAUAUGUAAUUAUCUGGGCUUUGUGGGAAAAUAAUAAUUCUUCCGAUAUUGUUAAGAUUCCAGAAAAUGCUUUAUGCACUGCAUGAGUCAUAGCCCUUUGGUCUCCCUGGGAAACCAUUUGUGCUGUUGACAUUCACACACAUGCACGGACACACUCCACACACACACACACACACACACACACACACACACAUGUAUGGACACACUCGCACACACACACACACAAAACUCACACUUCCAGGGUCUUGAAUUCUUGUAAUCUUUUCAUGUUCUUACUGUGUCGUUCUUAAUGGGUUUGUUCAGAAUGUGGACCUUGCCUGUGGUUGAUAUUGAUAUUGUGCAUGGAUAAAUUAGGACUGUUCUCUCACUGCCAAAUACUGUGUGACUACUAUGCUUCUUAAACUGUUUAAUGUAACUUUGUUAAUCCUUCAUUGAAGGGGUGUAUUCUGAAAAAUAAAUACUGAGGGACAGGUCUACCAGUGUGUACAGUACUUAUGUCAGUACACACACAUGCAUGCACAACACUUAGACACAAAAACACACACAUACUUACACGCGAACAAACCUACUGUAUGCACACAGAGUUGGACAAUGCAUGAGUAGCUGAUACAUAGAUCACAUCCUGAAGUCAAAGCAAAGGCUUUUAAUUUAAUAAAAAUUGAUCUAUUUUUGCAGAAGAUAAUACUCAGUGCUAAACAGACUGGUUAAAUCCUACAGAAAAAUGUCAACAACAAUGCCUUUGCAGUAGACUGUACAGCGUAUUGAUCACAGUAUAUUGUGUGCAGAUACACUGCAUUGUUUUCAGGUAAAUUGUGUUAAGAUGUAGUGCUUGAUUCCUUUCCCUCGUAGAGUCCUUUCUGUAAUCAUGUGAAGUACUGUAAGUAAGUAAGUAAGUGUUGAUUUGUUUAAUGCUAAAGUUUACUCUGUGGAGGUGGUCAGGUUAUAACCAUCUUUGGGUCAUCUCUAAACAUAGCAGAUGCGGAUCUGUCUAAACCGAAAGAAUUCAAUUUUAAACUUGUGUGACUCCUCUCAGCAUAAAUCAGCAUCCUCUAAUUCAGGUCAGAAUCAACACGGAACAAGUUCCAAAUCCACCUCAAACCUGAAUCUAAGUUCAAAGCUGUGCUACAGCAACUAUGACCAAAGAUGGUUCGGUAGGGAAAUCAAGUGCCUAAAUGUGAGACAUCAUUGGCAUGUCUUUAUCUCACUGCACUGGGGGUGUAAUGGGGUGGGCCUUGGGCUGGGUUGGGUCUGUGUGUUCAGUUGUUGACCCCUGUUUCUGCUACCCAUUUUGAUGUCUUUAAUGUAGUCCUUUGUUGUAGUUCAUUCAUGUACGUUUUGAUAAAAUAAAGGGGAAACUCAACAAACCUUCAGAA